UAUGCUAUUUAAUUAGUUUAUUGAUAAUAUUACAGACAUUAUUUGAAAAAUGAUGAGGGUUCCGAGAAUAUUAGGUGUUCUGCAGAAAACUUUAAGGACCAAGUAUUUUGAGGAGACCAGACUAAUACAUACUUCAAUGCUUCGGCUGGAGAAGAGGUAUAGUGAGAAGCAUGAAUGGGCAGAAUUAAAUCAAGAUAAAAGUGUAAGUGUUGGAAUCAGUCAGUAUGCAGCAGAUGCACUUGGUGAUGUUGUAUUUGCAUCUCUACCCGACCCAGGACAAGAUGUUAACACUCAAACAGAAUGUGGAGCUUUAGAAUCUGUUAAAGCUGCCUCAGAAAUAUAUUCUCCCUUGGCUGGUACAGUUCUUGAAAAGAACGAAAGUGUAGAAGAUAAACCAAGUUUAAUAAAUACAUCCCCUGAGGAGAAAGGAUGGUUAUUCAGAUUAUCAGUAGCAGAUAGUUCAGAUUUCAAGAAUUUAAUGAAUAAAGAUGAAUACACCAAGUUUCUGGAAUCUCAAACAGAAGAUUUAGAUUAGUUCAACAAUUAUCAAGGCUAUUAAUAAGAUUGUUUACUCUUUAUGCGCUCCGAUAUACGGAAAAUGUCGUCUCCUAAGAAAGAUAUAAAAACCUCAUCUGAUGUCACUCUCGCCUCUGUAAUCUGAGGUUUUUAUCUAUCUAUCUUAGAAGACGACAUGUUCCGUAAAUUUGAGCGCAUAGAGAGUAACCAACCUUAUUAUACAAUCUUGACUAUUAUUAACAUAAUGCGAAAUAAAUGUAACUCACCAGUCACCAAAGAUGUAAUAAUUAAGUUGCUAUUAAAUUAAUAAUGAUUUCAUAAUUCA